AGCCAUCCCGACACAUGAAUGCCUCUGUAUAUAGACAACAUCGUGUUAUUUAUUGCCUGGCCCUGGCCCCGUGAUACGCAAACUUCAUGAGCCCGCCUCCUGUGACGCAACCAGAAGGGGAUCUCCCUUCCAUUCCCAUCAACCUGGAAUGCACCAUCCUACUCAAGACAGCCGGAUCAAGAACCUCGUGACUUGGGGAAGAUCUUAAGGUUUCCAACAUGUCUAUCGUGUGUAAAAUAUAGUUUUGUUCGCGCUCACUUUGUCGCGUUUGCCUCCUUCCGUAGUCGGCCUAGCGCAGCCUUUGUUAGUUGAUAGGCGACGUACGCGACGUGUUAAGGCAAUUCUGUGGUUCACGUUGAGAGCGAUUUACAGUCAAGAUCCAGCUUCAGGCAACAUAGGAAAUCUUCGACGUAUUGACAACUUCGAACGCCUCACGUUCGUAAUUCGCCUCGAGUUUAACAACAUCGCCACGCUUCAGGAUAUCAGGAGAAGGCUACGGAGUUCGGUGACGUGAAUCUGCAUUGGGGAUCUCUUCGUCUUCAGUGCACGAAUAUGGCUUCUUUAGCGAUGUCUCAACGCAUGGAACUGCAAAGAUUAUCUGAACAGUUGAGCGAAGAAGAGGUGAGCAGCCUGCGAUUCCUUUGUCGUGACGAGCUGCCCACCUGGGCCUCCCUGCCCACAGCCGAGCUGCUGAUGGCCCUCUACCAGAUGGGGGGCAUCGGCCAGCUGACGGCCAAGCUGAGCGCCUUGCACCGCCACGAUCUGCUGCGUCGACUGGGCAUCCACAACGCCCAGAUGGCAGCAGGAGCUGAUAAUGUUCUUUAUGGGACGGUGGCGACAAGUCGUACCGGCUCCAGCUACAGGGAGUUUUUGGUGGAACUGAAUGAAGGAAUCUCAAAUGAUGAACUGUCAAGCAUCAAGUACUGCCUACAAGAUGACCUUCCUCAAAAUAGGCUAAAGAAUGUAAAUAGUCUAUUGGAACUGUGCCAUUUACUGGAGGAACAAGGCCAGCUUUCAUCAGACAACCUAUCGAUGCUUGAGCAAUGCUUUGAGAUUGCUGAAAGACAUGAUUUGAAAAAAAAAUUAAACCGAUUCAAACUGAAAAGCCCAGCAGGAUCAGAAAGAGCAGCGGAUCCUGCUACAUAUAUGAGAAUGCCAUCUGCAGAGAGGGUGUAUGUGAAUGCACAUCCUGCUUCACUGCCUGACCGAUUGAUGCAUAGUGGUGCCCACAACAGACAGAUGAAUGGAUGUGGAAGAGGAGUCCAAAUGGUUGAGAAACCGUACAAUUCAGGAUGUUCAUCUGUAUGUGGAAUUGCUGGCCCACUAAUGUCACAAUAUCCCAAUGCAUACCCCCAUACUCCAAUGCGCCAACCAAUACCUGUACGUUCAUCAGUGGUACAAGCUUCAAGAGACAGGCCAAACGCGACAAGCUCAUCCAUUCUGGAGACGGAUAGCUACCCGAUGGCUCAACCUCUUGGGCUGUGCCUGCUGGUGGUAAACAAACAAGGACUUCGGAAUAUAGAUGCCUUGUAUAAAGAUGCAGAAAAUAUAAGGAAGGCGUUCUCUAACCUUGGCUUUGAAGUGACGAUUGUACGUGACCUGUCAGGCAUGGAUAUGCGAAAUCUCCAGAGCCUCUGUCCCUUUAAAAAGAUGCACAGCUGCUUCGUUUGCUUUGUGCUUGGGAAGGGCACAGAUUCUGACAUAAUUGGCACUGAUGGAAUUCCUGUUUCAAUUGAAAUGCUGUCAAUGAAUUUCAAUGGACAGUAUUGCCCAGCCCUUGUGGGUAAACCCAAGUUGUUCUUCAUACUGACGGUGAUGGUGGGUGGAACAUUGUAUGGCCAAAGUUUGCAAGUUGACUCAUCAGGGGGUCUUCAUUAUGAUGAUUACUUGGAAGCAGAUGGGCCAGGCAUCCCGAUUAAUGCUGAUGUUUUGGAGUGCAAACACGUCGUUGAAGAAGAAGCUUGUAGCAGAAGAGACAAGUCUGAUGGAACACCUUUUAUAAAACACCUCACUAUUUGCCUGAGUGAAUUGUGGACAAUGGGUCAUGAUCUGUUGGAGGUGCUGACAGAGGUGAACAGGAGAGUGAGCAUUGGUAACCAAGGGCUGCAACAACGACCCCCAAAGCUAUCAAACACGCUGAGGAAGAGGCUCAUUCUACCACAGACACAAGGGUCUUUAAAACAGAUCUAGACAUCGUGCUUGUAACAAUCACACACAACAUAAGUGGAUGGCCAUGCUGGUAAUUUUGAAGCUGUGCAAUGUUACGUGUUAUAUUGCAAAUUGUUACCUUAUUUUGAUAGACCGUAUGUCACUUUCUCACUUCACAGUAAUGAACCUUAUAUUUCCACGCCAUUCUAUUUGGCAUGAAGAUGCAGUACAUCAUUGAACUUUUUAUUUAUUACUGAGAUGUAUUGGAAUUUUUUAUUAUAUUUAAAACAGAAAAGGAGAGCCGAGUAUAUUAAAACCAUGUACAAAAACUAAAAAUGUCUACAUGUUGCAAGCAGCUCAAUACCAAAGUUUUAUCAGCAGGUGUGCAUGCUACAUUUUAAAAUCCAUAGGCUGAAUAAAAACAUGGUGUGUGCUGUGGACUACAUGACUUUAUACUUGCUGUGUACAGACGUUAAGGCAUCACAUGAGCUGAUGUCCAUAUACUGUACAUGUGACCAUAAAUCUGUAACUCUUGUCUGAAAUACUCUAUUUCAUCUGAUGAAUCUGUAUGUCUGUUUUGACGAGGCAUUAUCUUAGUGGGACAAGUGCUUUUAUGGGCCACUGAUUGAAGAAACUACAUUAUUACAGUCUAACCUGAUAUGGCAGGUGUUUGUGGGUGAACAUUGUGUUUCAUUGUAGACUUGUUAAAGGUUUCCUGCAGUAAUUUGCGUUGAUGUAUAUUGAUCAUUUUAACUUUUUCAUAACUCUUCAAAAGUAAAAUGUUGCCUGACGUGUUGGUGUAUUAUUUCAUAAACACCUGCUGUUCUUGAUUUGCGUAAUAUUUGCUAUACUAUACGUGAAUUUAGUAUUCAAAACUAUUACCUAAACUUCUUUGUAAUUUAUUCAAAUGUUACCCUGAUUUUGUUUCCCAACAUCACUAGUCAAUUUAGUAAAUGUAUUAUUAGAAUGUAUUUCAGUAAAACAGCUAUGAAAUAUCUUCACUUGCACAUUAUUAGCUGUGACAUGAACAUAAUGUAUUGCUCGACAAUCUUAAGAUUUUCAGAUUAAAUACGCGGUAGAUGUGUUCCUGAAAAGUGUCGCAUUAAGCGAAUACUUUCCCCAUAAAUAACGUAACGAUAAAGUUUGGAGAUAUACGAUGCACGUGUACAGAUGGUGGGAUAACAGAGUACUGUAUCGUGCCAUGGUACUGUAUCGUACCGAUCAGCUGCGCAGUUCAAGAAAGUUCGUCAUAGACCACUCAGAAACCACCUUGUAACGUGCGCGUUCUGCGUUAUAAAGGGAGCAUUAUGCGAAAAAUGUACCCAACUGGAAUAAUCGCGUUAUAGUCGCAGCACGUUGUGAAAAGUCGUUACGUUUUAAUCACAUUUUUAAGAAAAGCAAUUUAGGUGUGUAUACAAGGUGCUUCAAAACAGGUCAACACACAUGGUACUGUCGUUUUUAAUGGAAAAAAACGGAUAGUACACUGUAACAUGAUCACAUGUAAUGGUAAUAGCUUCAAUAAGUCAGUCUCCACUUGUUCGCCAUCAUUGUCAACACGUGCCUGGAAUCUUCUGCAGGUGGUCUCCAGAGCCCGGAGGCACAUUUAUUGUGGUAUUGUUGCAAAUUCUCAAAAGUGUAAAAAAAAAAAUUUGAAGCACCCUGUAUUAUGUGACAGAUGAAAACGCUGAAAAUGUACGAUGAAACAAACAUAUUUGAGCCUUAGAUUCACGAAGUACAUGACACCAAUACAAUGUGUGCUGGGGCAUUGUCAUCCAGAAGCAAGGUUGUGGCUUUCAUUUUUCUGAAAUUUUUUAUUUGAUUUAAUGACUGCAAAGACACUGGCCUGAAUUCCACACACAUUUUUCAUUCCCACGUGAUCGUUCAAACUUGGAUCAACUGAUUCCACACUCAUGUCGAAGGUGUCUGCUAACUUUCAAAAAUCAGUUUUUGAAACCAUCUUGCUUAAUUUUGAAGUUUGCAUCAUUCACUAUCACAGGCCACACUGAUCUGGGAUCAUCUUCAAGAGUCUGACGAGAUGAACUUCUGAUGCCCACGUUUAGUUGCAAAUGAUACAUUGUCACAAUACACUUUCAACAUACAUUCAUAAAUAUAUUCCGUUUAUUGUUCUCUACCAACAUUUGAUGAUUGUACGAUGCCUGAUUUUCUGAUAUCAAAUAUCGUGUACCUGAAUGAGUAAAAAUGUAAAUAAGGAACAAAGCAAUAUAUACUAUCGUUACCUGGCUGUUUGAAUACUUUACAUUGACUAUAAGCUGCAACGUCAACGGUCUUUGGUAAGAUUCCGAUCUUUUUAUAGCACCAUGCUAUAUUUUCGGCCAUGUGUAAAUUAGCUUCAAAGUGCUGCGGUAAUGCACGUGUCUGCUGAAAGUGCAAUGGGUCCGUGUGAAAAGAUGAUUUUCAUUCGUCUUAUUUGCAGUGACCAUCCAUUUGCAUCGUAAGGUAACCAUUGUUGAUCCUCCCACAGUGGUAAUCAUUUCGAAUUUGUAAAUGGGCAAAACAAUGCUAAAAUAAACGUUUCAAUCGGUGCAUAUUCGCAGCUAUACCGUUCAAAAACAUGGACACUGACAAAAAUAAAACUGAAAAGUUGGAACGUGCAUAAAAGCAUGGGGAGAGGUGUACGCUUGCAAAUAUACUCAAGAGAAAGGUGCACAUGGAUCGGAGGACAUGCAAUUGGCAUAUGGCAUGUUUGGACAAGGCACAUCGCUUCAAAGGAUGAUGGCUGAUUUCUGAGAUUUGGCCAUGGCGUGGCAGCCAAAGGAGAUAAUGUCUAAGAGGAUGACCAUUCCACAGAUGGAGCAAUGAGAUCUACUUUUGUGUGGGAGAUGGAUGGAAUUUUGUAAUACGAGACCUUUAGGAAUGGCGACCAUUUAGGGCGGCCUUCAUUCAGCAGUGGAUAGAUCAAGGAUGAUAGUCAAAAUAAUACGUUAUGUAAGAAUUAUAAUGGAAAUAAUAUGUGCAUGAACGUUUUAAUUCAGUUUACAAGAUUCAGUUUGGAGUAUUUGUACACAUUGGAGGAAACACGUUUAUGGAGAGAACAUGCAUACAAGUUUAUAUUGGUCAAAGCUCCGCAUGUAUAGACAUGCGAACUCCUUGCUUUGUCACCAUGAAAGGCGCAUCUCUUAUUCUAUUAGGUCGGUGUCUCACGCACGACUCGACUUAAAGCUGCGCAUCGAAGACUUCGUAUUCCUGCAUGAGCGAUCAACCCCACUGCCGAGGUUGCGAUGUGAAAGUGCAUUGCCACCACACAAAUGGAGCACGAUCAUUGAAGGCGAUAAUGAAGUGGAACAAUCCUGCAGCCCAGCGGCAUGCGGCACACAGCGGCCUCAGAACGGAUCGGCGAGUUGCAUCUGAGCGAUGGGCACGGCCAUGCAGGCCGCAGCUUCCAGCGUCCCC